AGGCUUCCAAGCACCACAAAUGAGAGUUGAAAAUGUUCAAGGUUGAAGCUUGAUUGAUGGAGACAUCACUUGGCCACACCAAUACCCCAUUAAUGGCUUCACCAUGCUGUCUCACAUCAGGAAAUGAGCUGUUAACUACGCCCUCAUUUACAGAAUUCAUUAGACUCGUAAAAGAGUAAGCCAGAAGCAUAAUUGAGCGGUGAAGAAGAAAAGUGGUGCUGGCUGUAACACUGCAUGCAGAAUUGGGUCAACUGGAGCUUGGAAAACUGAUUCAUUUCAACUACAGCUGAAGCCUCAUUUGCAGAAUUAAAUUGGAUUUGUGAAAGAGAAGCCGCUGAAGUCAAGGAAGGCUAGUCAAGGAAGAAGCAUAGUUUUUGUUGUUUCAAGUAAAGAGACAUCAUUGAAUAAAAAACAAUGAACAAGAGGGUUGGACGAGCUCUCUAAUCGUCCAGCCGAUGGGGUCUUGCUCGAGUGACCUGAGAAUAAAACUGAUACAGAACACUUGAAGGUUAGCUAUUAUGAGGUGUAUAUCUGAAAUAAUAGCUUGCAGUUGCAAGAAUAUUGCUGGGAGCCAUUGACAAUGUGGACGAUGGCUUGUGCGUCAGUCGUUUGAAUCACAAAGUUUCUCUAUCUCUCUGGUUCAGCAUGUUGAAGUGUUUGAGUCAACAUGAACUUAUAUAAAUAAGACUAAUACAUGUGGAUGUGAGAACCCUAAGCAGCUGCAGAGCUUCUUCUGAUGAUCCGGUCACUCCAUAACCUCUUCCAGAGUAGCUCUAAGAAUUCCUCCUGCGGAUUCAGCGAGCAAAGCUGAGAUUUUCACUGACGACAGCGAUUAAAAAUGGGAUCUUGGAACUGGAUCCCCCUGUUCUGGAAAGGAGACAAGGUUUCCUCUCGUGGCUUCCACUCUUCCUCCACCGCGGAAGAGGUCACUGAAGGCAUCGACGCCAGCCAACUCACUGCCAUUGUCACCGGGGCAACUAGUGGAAUUGGGAAGGAAACCGCAAGGGUUCUGGCACUGAGAGGCGCCACCGUCGUCAUCCCCUGCCGGUCGCUGGAAAGCGGCGGAAAGGUGAAAGAAAGCAUUUUGGAGCAGAAUGCGGAUGCCAAGAUCCAUGUUAUGGAGAUGGAUUUGAGCUCCCUCGAUUCGGUGGAGUCCUUUGCUCGAUCGUUUAAUUCAUCGUACGAGCACCUAAACAUUCUCAUCAACAAUGCAGGGAUUAUGGCCUGUCCCUUCCAGCUAUCCAAAGAUGGAAUAGAGAUGCAGUUUGCUACUAAUCACCUUGGACAUUUUUUACUUACUAAUCUGUUGAUGAACAAGAUGAUAGUUACUGCCGAAGAAACAGGAAUACAGGGAAGGAUUGUUAGUGUUUCGUCUUUGGGUCAUUCAAGCAAAUUUGAUGAAUCUUGGUUUAAUUUGGAGAAGAUAAAUGAUCAAUCUAACUAUGGACCUUUUGCUGCUUAUUCUCAUUCUAAGCUGGCAAAUAUAUGGCAUGCAAAUGAGCUUUCUCGGCGUUUACAGGAAAAGGGCUGCAACAUAACAGCAAAUUCUCUUCAUCCUGGAGCAAUCCAUACUAAUGUGUGCCGCUAUCUAAAUAUUAGCUCAUUUAUACUGGAUGCCAUUGCUGUUGCGAUGAAACCUUUCUUAAAAUCCAUACCUCAGGGUGCAUCUACUACCUGCUAUCUUGCUCUACAUCCUGACAUGAAAGAUGUAACUGGAAAAUAUUUUGGGGAUUGCAAUGAGACAUUGCCUUCUGCUGUUGCAAGAGACGAGGAAUUAAGCAUCAAGUGCUGGGAAUUCAGCCAACAACUCCUAAACAAUUUAAGAGGGCCAAUUGUUGAACAUUAAAGGAGUGUUUUCUUGUCCAAUGUAUCUUCUGGAAAUGAACUUUAGCUACAACUUUGAAUUUACUUCAUCCAAAUCACUCAUCAUUUUGUUUA